UUAACUCAUGUUUGAAAACCUGAAUUAAAUUUCAUGUUGACUCCAUGAUCACUCAUGAAAAGUCAUAAAUCCAUACACAUUUGGCCUCAUCAAUCCUCUAAUUUCUAAGAUGAAUUCUUGUGGCUCAUAACAAUUCAAGAAAAAUGCAAUCAAUCUUUGCAUUAGGCUUCUCCCAAUCUCUCCAAUUUCCCCAUUCCCAUUCCCAUUUCCACUCCAACUCCAGAAUUUCUGUGCAAAAGCCUCACUGCAGCAGCCAUGGAAGCAAGAAGCCCAGAAUAAGCCUCUCUCUUAGAACCACUUGGCCUUCCAUCUCCAUCUCCCUCUUCGCCUCUGGAUUUCUCUUAGGCCCUCUUCUCGAUGGACUCCAUUCUCGCGUUAAUCUCGUCGUUUAUCGAACAGGAUCCAUCCACAUCGGCCCUCUCCACACUAACAUCUGGGUUCCUUUCUUGCUGGGAUUGUUUUACUGUACAGUUGGUUUGAUUCAACUCUACUUAGAUGAGAAAUUUUCGCUAAAACAAUCACAGGGGAGCUUGGGGAAAACGGUAGCUUCCUUAAUAGCAUUGGGCUUGUUUAUUGAAUUGAGUGCUGAAAUGUACAAAGCUGGAGUGGCUGAUAAUAUUGAGGCCUAUGCAUUGUUUGCUGGGGCUGAGUUUAUAUGGGCAUUGCUUGAUAGUUCUUUGCUUGGAUUCUCACUGGCUUGUGUUCUUGGCCUUGGUUGCCCUCUGGCUGAGAUUCCCAUUAUGAAGUUCUUCCAUCUCUGGGAAUAUCCCAAAGCCAACAUAGACAUAUUUGGUGAAGGGAUAAUCAGCUGGACGGUCACUUGCUAUUUUGUGUACACUCCAUUCUUGAUUAAUCUAUCAAGAUGGCUCAAGUCCGUGGUGGAUGCUGCUGCUGUAAAUGAAGAUGAAUCUGGAUAGCCAAAUAGAUGGGAAGGAUGAAACUGGAAAGGAAUCGUUCAAGGUGUUACAGUAUAUGUUUAGGAGUGCAAACAAUUUAUGUUUGGUAAGCUUCCUAUGUAUUUAUGUUUUAUCUCGUACACAUCUUGCAUAUUCCAAUCUUUCACUAUGCGUAUUGAAAUUAAAUUGCUACUCUUCCUAAGCCAUUUGGAGUGUUUCUAUGCAUGUUUACUAAGUUUAUUGUGUUCUUAUGUUUUAUCCCACACCUAUCAUACUUACACUAUGGGUUUCAAAAUAAAAUUGCUAUCAUUCCUAAGCUAUCUAGAAUGAUUAUAUGCAUGUUUAAUAAGUUUAUUAGCCUCUUAUGUUUUAUCUCGCACAUUUCAAACUUUCAAUAUGAGUUUCAAAAUGAAACUACUACUCCUCCUAAGCCAGUUAGAGUGAUUCUAUGCAUGUUUAGCAAGUUUGUUCAAACUUAUAUUUAUAUUUGUAUGCAUGUUUAGUGAUUCUACACCUCCACUACUACAAAUUUGGUCUUUUUGACGCAUACAAAUUUUGACUUCUUGAUGGUAAUGGCAAAGGACCAUUAAGAAUUUUUUCUUUUUGAUACAAUGUUUAUCUUGACAGUCAUGUACAUUAAGAAAAGUUUCCUUAUUUUGUUGAAGAAAUAUGAAAAAAAAAUGUGAAUUUUUUAUUUCCUUGA